UUGUAUUACACGAAGUAUUUGUCUUUCAUAACUAUUUUAACUAACAAUAUGGCGGACAAGGCAGAAAGUAAGGGCAAGAAACAAAGAGAAGAUUCUCACUUUGUUCGCCAGAAAAGAGCACCGCCAUAUCAUUUUCCGAAGCAGAAAAACGAAUUUUACGUGAACAGAAAGAGUGAUUUCAAAUAUCAACUAGAGAGGGCUCAAAAACUACUUGAUUCCGGCUACAAUGAAAUUUUCAUCUACGGUUUAGGCGCUGCGAUAAACAGAGCGGUGAAUUUGGCCUUACAGUUGGAGCAACGUGGCCUUGGAAGCAUUCAAAUUUCCGCGGAAACGUCUAGUACUCACGUUGUGGACGAUCUCAAGUCUUUGGAUGAUGAACAUGAAAGCUAUUCGGAGAGGACAAAAUCUUCUAUUAAAAUCAAAGUAUUCAAAACGGUUGCAAAUGAAUGAACAGUAUGAUAUUUUGUUGAAAUUCAUUAUUUUGUGAUCACUUUUCGAAUAUUUUCAACCAUUGAAUAAAACUGGGCAUUUCCAGUUAGCAAAACCUGACAAUCUGGUUAUUUCCUACCAACAAAACUAGUCCGACUGGUUGUUGUUGUCUCGAAGGAAAGAUAUCGUGCAGUUCUGACGCCGCUUGAAAAACAUUGAUCGAUUUUAAAACUGAUAACGACGACCGUUUCAGUUAAAGAAUCACUGUAUUUCUUGUGUUGACGUGCAUAAAACCUAAUCUGAUUACUCCUAGUGCAUAAUUGAAACAAUUUGAAAAAAUAAACAACUAGGUUGAGUGAUAAAUUUAGUUAAAUUAUUAUGCUCUCAUGUUAAAAAAGUAGUCACUGAUAUAAUUAAACUUCUAUUGCAAAACGUUUUGAUGGAGAAAAACUUGUGUUUUUUGAAUGCCACUUUCGAGAAAUACAGAUGUACAUCUUUUUAGGGUAAACGAAACGAGCUUUACAAUAGAUAAAUGACUUAUGAACAUAAAUAAUCAAUUUACGUUUGUCUUUGUAUCUUGCGCUAAAACCUCAAGAAACAUUCUCCUCUUUUUCAAUCCACAUUAUUCAAUGAUUAUAAACAUGAGCUCUAUACAAUGCUUCCAUAAGCUCGAAAGAGUAAAGUUUGCCUUCGAAUGUAAUCUAUUCAUGAAGUGAUCGUACUUGGCUUGGAAUCUCAAAAACAUUGAACGACUUGGAGCAACUAUGUAAUACAUAGCAGUUUACCGUAUUAGGGAUUAUCAAAUGGAGGUUUGACGAACGUGCUCGUGUAGUUUUACGUGAUUAUUAAAAGUUUGCCUUGGAUGGCAGGAAGAAAACAACUAUGUUUAUGGUGUUUUUGAGUUUUGACUAUUUGAGAGGCUGAUUAUUCAAUUAUUGAGAUGAUUGCGAGGAAUUAAACAAUGCAAUUAUUUGAACAAA